GUAAUAAACGGUUUAUGGUAAUGGUUCCUGAUGGAGAGGAUCUGUAUGAACAAAUAGUACUUAGAGCUUCUACCAAAUUACAAAUAAAUGGGGUAUCGUUAGUGCUAGAAGAAGAUGGUACAGUGAUUGAUGAUACUAACGUACUCCGCGAGUUAAGGUCUGAACAAACACUUUUGCUCCUAACUGCCAACGAGAAAUGGACGGAGCAUUUAAAUUUGACAACGACAGAAUCAAGAACGUCAGGAUUUAGUACGCCGACAUCUGCUACAUCUUCAAUGCUAUUAUUUAAUAUUGAAAGUAGUGAUAAUAUUGCAAAUCUGAAUGUUGAAAAUGAUAACACUGAAAUUAAUAAUAUUGAAAUUAAUAGUAUUGAAAUUAAUGAUAUUGAAAAUGAAAUGAAUGUAAUGAAUACUGAAACAUUAUUUAAUAGAAAUGAAGAACUCGACUGGACUAGAUUCCAAAUACCUUAUCACAAGUUCCCAGUUAACUACUUACAUUUAUGUGAACAGGGGACAAAACACAAACAAAUUAUUACAGAUAUGGUCCACAUAAUUGUAAAUGAAUUAAGAACCAUAGAUACCCAACCACCGAUGCGUACACUCAAAAAUAUAGCUAGAGAAAUAUCGCAAACGUAUCCUAAAACUUUCUGCGAUGUAGACGAUGACGGUGCAGUGUUAGAGGAUGGGUCCGCAAGUUUAUUUUUCAAAUUACAUGAACGGAUACAUUAUUUAAGGAGGCCACACAAACGGUCAAAUAAUAGU